AUGUGUCCUGUGUGGCUAUUAAUGGCGGUGGUGGUAGGCGGGGCCAGGGGAGCUGUCAAUCAGUGCUGGGAGCAUCCAAGCUGCCACGAGCUGAAGUCUGACAGCAGCAUGAUGGAGUGCAUCCAGCUCUGUCGCCCCCAGCUGGCAGCCCUCCCCGUCGUCGCCCACCUCCAAGCUCCACCUCCAUUAGGCCCCUCCUCCUCCUCCCAUCAGCCCAAACGCCCUUACUUCAUGGAGCAUUUCCGCUGGGGGAAGCCCGUCGGCCAGAAACGGCGCCCGGUCGUCUACACUUCCAACGGUAUGGAGGAGGAGUCGGCCGAGGCGUUCCCCGGGAAGAUGAGGAGGCGCAGGAAGGAGGAGGAGCUCCUGGGUGGCUUCCAGGACAAGACGCGUGGCUUCCACUUGGGCGGCAAACGCUACGGUGGCUUCAUGAAGAGCUGGGACGAACAGAGCCAGAGGCCGCUGCUCACGCUCUUCAGAAACGUCAUCAACAAAAACGCACCGCAGCCGAAGUGA